AUGACUCACCAGUCUGGCUGGCACCAGGAAGUGUCUGUGAAGCUCAUCUCUCCUGCUGUGGACUCAUCAAUCCGUGGAGCAAUGGCUGCUAGAAAAGAGAUAUUUUUAGAGGAUUCCCAAUUGGAUUCGUCUCUGCUAGAUGUAUCCAUGUCUUCUCUACAGAUAUCUGAGUUAGAAGAAAGUAUGGAUGAUUUGGAGACUAGUUUUGUUAAUCGUCAGAAAGCGGAUGAUGAGGAACUGCAAGAAUUACUGAGCAGAAUGAAAAAAAAAACAAAGGAUUUACAUCCAGGCCCAGAUUAUUGCUUUCAAAAUGACCCUAUAUGGGCUCCAGGUGAAGAACGUCCAGGACCUGAACCAGACCCAGAAAAACGGCUGAAUAAUGUGACGUGGUGUAAAUGUCAUAAUUGUACAGCCAUGAAAUCGGUGACAGAAUCAAUUUGUUGCUUGGAGUUGGAGGUUUUGGAGCAUUUCCUGCCUAAAAGCGUCACAUGUGUUACCCAAAACACAGAAUUUAGUUUGCGAUGUCUCGAUCAAGAAACUUUGGUGACAGCAAUGAUUACGCAAACAAUCAAUUAUGGAAGAAGUAUUGAUUAUAGAAAACCAAACUGUCUUAGACUAACAGCAUAUCGGCAGUUUACUACCUGGAUCUAUGGAUUUCUUGGAAAACAUGUACGGAUACCUAUUCCCUCUUGUGUAACAAGAAGAAUAAGGGAGACAUUUCCAGACCCAGAAGGAAGAUAUACUUGUUUCCGAUACUAUCAGGAUGUUCCCCUUGCUUCAGCAGAUUUUGAUUUGAAUUUUUAAAAGUUAGCAUAAACCAUGUUGUAUUUAUUUUAU